CCAUGGCUACAGAUGACGACAGAGUUGAUUGCUUUCUGCUUUCAUUAACAGGACAAAUUGAAAAAGCCAAGUUUCCUUCUUAUGAUUAUAUUUGGUGUAAAUAUUGCUUUUCGCAUGGAUUGGACUGGGUCAUUGUGGCUGGCAUGGACGAAGGCAUCACACAAACGACCUUAAAAAGUUCUGACUCAAAUCAAGAGCAUGUGUUUAAUUUUCCAAUCGAUAUAACGUGGAAGUCUUCAAAUCCUUUUGGAUGGCCACAGUUGAUCAUUCAUGCAUAUGGGUUAGACAUUUUUGGAAAAGAUGUUAUACGGGGUUAUGGAGCAGUACAUGUUCCUGUUCAGCCAGGGAAGCAGAUACCAAAAUGA